AUGGCGCAUGAGUAUUUCAAUAUAUCACGUGAACAGAUAGACAAGGAGGACAUAUUUAAAAAGACCCAAAAUACAAAACAUUUUGUGGCGAUUUAUAACAAUCUACAGACUUUGAAAUUUGAUGUGAACAUGGAAUGUGACAAGUCUGGAGAUUUUCUAGUUCAUAUAGCAGCUAGGGGAGGGUUGAGUUACCUACCGCUGAUGAUGACUUUAGUGAAAAGCCACGGGGCGGAUAUAGAACUGACCAAUGGCCAGGGAAUGACGCCACUCAUGCUGGCCGCUGCUGACGGGAACAGUGAUCUCUGUGACGUACUGAUUUGUCUGUUCCAAGCUGAUACAAACAAGCCUAAUCCUAAGACAGGGAGAACGGCGCUUCAUUAUGCUGCAGAACGAAAACACAGAAAAACUGUAGAGUGUUUAAUCCUCCGGGGUGCAGACGUUAAUUUAGAGGAUCAUGGCGGACUUCGAGCAGACGACAUUCUGACACCUCUGGGCGAUGACUGCCAGGAAGUUAUUGUCUUUAACAGGACAAAGAGAAUGGACAUGCUGACUGAAUUAGUUUUCAGGCAAGAGAUCUUGUCCAGUCAAAUUUCCCCAUCGGAUUUGUGUGUUGUUGAUGGCAAUGGCAAGACUCUUAUCAUGACAGUUGCUGUCUAUAAUAAAUUCCAGACUCUACAGUACCUACUUGAAGUGAGUACACUGACCAUCGACGCCCAGCACCGACUCUCAGGGAUGACCGCUGUAGCCAUGGCUGCCAGAUUGGGCAAUCUGGAGGCUGUGCAAGUUUUGUUGAGACACAAAGCCUGCCCAGUCAUAGUCGACAUGGACGGUUACCUCCCUCUCCAUCACGCUGUAAUGAACAACCACACACAUGUUGUUGAUGCCUUCUUUAGCCAUUUUCCUAGUACUUAUACGGGUCUGUAUAAAGCAAUGCAGCUAUCUGUGUCAGCAACGAUACAUGACAGACUGAAAUCAGCUUGGAAGAGACGACAAGAGAAGAUAGUAAUGCCAAAGUUGUUGGAGUGUGCAGUCAAUGGCCAAGCUGAGGAACUGUACAGACUGCUAGAGGAAGGAGACUCUAUCACACAGGAACGCGGCACUAGCUGGCCUAUCUGCCUAGCCGUGGAGAACGGCCAUUUAGAAGUACUGCGGCUUCUACAAGAGCACAGAAAAGAUGUCGUGUCUACACAUCAUCCAAUCACUAGUGACUCUCUUUUACAUGUUGCUACAAAAAUGGGACAUCUCGACAUUGUGUCCUACUUACUGCAGUUUUGUAGAAGUUCUCAGAGGAACUUACGACCAGUCGAUCAAACAAGCACACAGACUGGCCACAAGGCGAAACCAUAUCAUUGCAAAAUAAACUUAGAAAGUGUGUUGGAUAUCAAUACUAUGGACAAACACGACCAGACAGCCUUACAUAUUGCAGUAGAAAGAGGUUUCAGUCAUAUAGUCAAGUUACUGCUGUCACAUGGCGCAUCCACAUCAGUUGUCGACAGAGAGGGCAAACUUCUGACCUGCCCCCAGUACGAGGGGAUCCAAGUAGCCUUAGAGACACACCGAAGGCAACAUACCCUUCAAAUCAUGACUUGCAUCGAGGACGGUUCCAGAAAGGCACAGUGUGUUUUACGGAAACUUUGGCUGCCUAGGUUCGACCAUCACUUGAGAAACAGCACAGGCAGCACGCCCCUUAUGGUGGCGUCUAGAACGGGAAAUAUCGCAGUCAUUAAGUUUUUACUGGAGUCAGCGGUUUACCCAGAAACGGCCCAGUUUGACUGUGAGAGAGACAAAUGUGACAGUGAAUCAGAUACUGACUCUGGGGUCCUGGAUCUAACCAGUGGAUCCCCUCCACAAGACUGCAGUAAUGUUCUAUAUGAGAUUGAAAGAAGUCUCAAUAGCGUGGUCGCUAGCACAGAUCUGCAUGAGAGCAAGCAAGAUAACUUUAGUCUGUCCCCUCAAAAACAUGGCAAUUACCUCCCAGACGUGUCGUGGUUUCUUCAGAGAAAAUUAGCUUCAUCAGACAACUGCACCAGAAGACCUCAAUGUCGAACAAUCUAUCACCGUGGACUGGUCAGUCACGUACGUGCAGUCAAUCUCAAGGACGGCAGCAAUGUCCUACACUAUGCCCUUCACAACUCCGAUGUCCCUCAGAUAAUUGGCCUCUUCUUACAGCACGACCCAACGCUGGUCAACAUGCAGGACGACAGAGGGGAGACGGCUCUCCAUCUGGCCUGUAAAUGGGAAGAAAGAAAUGCAAGGCCUGAUGCGAAUCUCAAUAUCUGUACUUUUGAUGGCUCUACGGUCGAAGAUUUGACAACAUCUAAAGCUAUAAAGAAAAUGCUGGAGAAAUCAAAAUCGAUUUAUGCCAGACAAUUACA